AUGUCGCACGAGAAAGGCGCAGACACCCCGGACGCCGAGCGCGAAUACUACUACCUCUACAUAUUCUUCAAAAAUCAGUGCAUCUAUAGCAUUGAUUUGAAAAAUGAGGAAAGAGAAAAAACGAGUUCGCCAAGUAAAGUCGAAAAGGAGAAGCUCCUCUUAGGAUCCAUCUAUGCUCUGAACUACCUCUGCUUCAACAUACAACCGAACAAGAAGUUAAAGAAUCUCUACAAGUCCAUGCAGAAUGUUAAUAAAAAUUUCAACCACAGUUUGAAAACCCAUAACCAGAAUAUUGCCAACACGCAGGAUAAUCUACACGUGGGAAAUUUUAAUUCCUUCAACACACCAUUUUAUAAACUGCACUACUUCGAAACGUUAACAGCCUACAAAUUUGUUAUAAUCACUCAUAAGAGCACCCCGAAUUUGUCCCACUUUUUGAGAGACAUUUACAAGACCAUAUUCCUCGACUUUAUCAUCCUGAACCCACUUUACAAUACAGGAGACGAAAUACGGGACAAAUCAUUCGACGAGAAGAUAAUUGACCGCAUUAGGGGGCUGACUCCAGCAACAAUUACCCACAAAGCAACCAUGGCGGUAGACGCAGAAUCAUUUUACGGGAAGAGGAAAAGCGAGAAACCCAUCUUCGAAGUAAAUAUAGAAAAAUACAGCAUCCUGAAAAGGCUAAAACGGUUCGACCAAUCAGUUUCGCAGGGUGUAAAAAAAAGGUGGUUCUACAAACAGCACGAGGCCCUUUCGCAUUACGCCCAGCUAGUCGAGGUAGAUUCAAACGCGAAGGCAGAUACUGAUGUGGAGGCAGAGGGGGGGGCACCACCAAGUCAGGCCGCGUAUUCCAACGGACAGGGAAUAAUUAUAUACACGGAGGAGAUAGAAAACGCCAAGAGGUGCUUCGUGCUGGACAGUCUGUACCGCUUCCUGAAAUUCUACUGCUUCUACGCGUUGUCCUUGGAAGACAUAUACUUCGAUGAUGGGGGGACGAACGACGGGAAAUCACACAAAUUGUCGUUAUGCAAAUCAUCGCCAUGCAAAUCGUCACCAUCCAAAUGGUCACCAUGCAAAGCGUCGCCAAAUGACCAACCGAUGCACCUCUACGAACUCAUCCUGGCGAACGAAAAACGGUGGCUCUUCUUCGACCUGGAGUAUGACGUGCUAAACGGUCACCAAAAUAAGGACUGCGUGUUGUUCAUAUUUCUGAUCGAACUGUGCCUAUUCGUAUACUCCAACUUCGAUGUAAAAAUUUGCCUAAACGAUGCUAUCAUUUUGGAUAGCUCCACAAGUGAAAAAAUAUCUUUCCAUGUAAUUGUAAAAAAUAUUCAUUCCCUUCACGAUGAAGAUAACUAUUACGAAUAUUUAAAAGAUUAUUGUCACUUCUUCUCAAAUCGCCUGAACAAGUCAGGUGAUUUUUUUUACGACAAGUACAAGAAAAGGCAAACUAAGUUGAGUUCACAAAUGGGCCAGAAAAAAUUUCUCCUUUUUGACAACGAAAAUUGCAUAAAAUAUUUUGUUGACCUGUUUAUAAAUCAUAUUGUGCAAGCCAUACAGGAAAAUGAAGACGCUUGCGUCAUUAAUUUGUCUACUGUUUAUAUAAGGCGUGAAAAGGGAUCUCCUCUUCCCAGUGAAGACAACGCCAAUUUGUCUUCCCUUAGCAAUACUAAUGUGGCAAACCGGAUAAACAAUACCCACGAGGGAAGCAUCACCGGAGGGAAUGACACUUACCCUUGUAACUUCAAGGGGAGUUCUCCAAAUUUGUCUGCGCCAGACGGGGAUCACCAUAAGGACGCUUUUGCCAACCCUAACUUGCAGAACGAAUUGAGGGAACACCCCAUUGAGGAGAAAAACCCGCUCGACCUGAUAAACGACUUUAGCGAGAUACACGAUUUUGUGAUGGCCAUCAGUAAGGGGGAGAUUCCUGCAAAUGACAGCAGAUCCGUCAGUGGAAGGAUAAUUCUGAGCAAUCAGAGUAACCCCCCCUGUGGAGGGGCACCCAACGGGGAAGGAAACAAACAGAGCAAUGCAAAAGAAGAAAAAAAAAGCAGUUCGUACUUCUCCAUGUACAAUAAAUCGCUAAACGAUAUAGUGCAAAUUUAUGUUAACAAAUUAGAAAAUGCAAAAGAAAACAACCGUUUUGACAGAGCAGAUGAUAAUUUCCUCAUUCUUCUAUUUGCCAUGAAGAGGGACGAAAAUGUGGACAACAAAAACGGUGAUCCAACUCCCCAGAAAAACAUGCCACUCGUAGGGGACACUGAGUGCGCGUCCCCAGGUGAAGAGGGAAACCUUCAAAGCGACGUCCAGAAGGAGAACAUUUUCCAAAUGAACAGAGAAAAAAAUGAAGACCACGAAAUGGUACUGCUGAAAUGCAUUGUGGACAACUCUGUGUAUAGCAGGAACAGGAACUUCCGCAUGAUAUUUUCCAGCAAAAAGAAAAAAAAAAAUAACAGCAAAUUGAUGCUUAGCAGGUAUAAUGUGAAGACAUAUAGCAAAUCCAACGUGGACAGCUUAAUAUUAAAAAGUUUAGUCACCUUUUAUCAGGACGAUGAUGUGAAUUGUCAAAUAGGGGAGGACGUAAUUUUUAAGAGGGAUCAGAUGGAAAAGUUUGGAAAAUCCCCUGGGAAGUCGCCUAGGCAGUCGUACAGACCGACGUGUGGCUCUCCCCAUUUUACUUUAUCCCGCUUCAGCAAUGCAAACGCGAAAAGGCCGCGUAAGGAAGCAACGCCCGUGACGACAGACCUGUACAUACACAGAAGCAUUCAAAUGGACGACAUUGAUCAUGCCCACGUGCACACCAUUUUAAAAAUUAUUUUCUUCUGGAAUUUUGAAUUAUAUAAAAAUUUCAAAAAAAAUAAAAUAUAUGUAGACAAAUUUCAAGGAGAAAUUAGCAAAGAAUAUUUUUACAGAAUUGUUUCCAUUCAUAAUAGGUUACAGUAUGACCUCUACAGGGAUGGUGUGAACGAAAGGGAAGUCACCUCAUCGGAGGAGUAUUCCCCCCUUGGAAAGACAUCCCCCCACGAAAUAGACAAAAAAAACAGCACAUCAAAGGAAAUGCAAAAGCAGGACGGUCGUGUGUCCCCCCUACGAAAAGGAAUAAGCACACCACAAUUUUGCAAAAACUUAGACACGUAUGAUGAUUUAUUUUUAAAAAAUGCGGAAUUCUAUUCGUACGUCUUGGAUGAAUAUACAAAAUGUACACAAACAAAAAAAGAGAAAAUUUUCUCCCUCCUUUUGCUCAUAAAAUAUUUUAUAUCCUCCAUUACAUACAACACGGAGGAGUACAUUCUCCAUUUCAGGGAAAACAAAUUUUGUAAAAAUAAAAACCGUGCACACAAGUCGAAUCACAUAUACGUUGUUUUUAACCAUGUCAAAAAUUUGUUCGUGCAGAAAUGCCACGACAGUGAGUGUUCCCACUUCGUUUCGGAGAUCUAUUACCUGUAA